AUGAGAGUGAAUGAUGUGACAGUGGCAUUGGCGGCAGCCGUUUCGGUCGCCGUCGCCCAAGUCUUCCCGCCACCAGGAGGUCCAUUCCAUGUGAGCCUGGAACACUUGGAGCUGGUCGACGAGAGUCGACAGGAUCCUUUCAAUUCGACACACGCUCGUCGAAUGAUGGUCACGCGAUUUACGCCAGUGUCCAAGAAACACUGCAAGAAGUUGUGCAAUGUGCCCUACAUGACGCCCGAGGUGGCCAAGGUCGAAGAUGAGAUUCUCGGCCCGUAUAUGGAGGGUAUCGUCGAAUCCCCCGGUGACAUGCUUCUGGGUCUCCAGCUGGAGGUCUGCUGCGAGGUACAAAAGACGACACCAGCCAAAGACUUUCCAAAAAUCCUGUUUGGGACAGGUCUGAACACUACACGGAGCUUCUAUUCUGGCACCGUGCAGCAGAUUGCGAGCAUGGGCUACGAGAUCGUGGUCAUGGAUCAUCCGUACGAGACCGAUGUGGUCCAGUUCCCGAACGGCGACCUCAUUCUCGGCGGUCGCAUCGGACGGGACGUGGAAGACCUCGAGGAUAUCGUGUUCGGCCUGGAGGUUCGCACCCAAGACGUCAAGUUUGUGCUUGACACAUUUGGUAUCGAGAAGACAGUCUACAUCGGGCAAUCCUACGGUGGAGCGUCUGCCGCAGCAGCUCUGCUCAACGAGACGCGUCUUGUCGCUGGUGUGAACCUGGACGGUGCGCUGUGGGGAAAUGUCCAGUAUACUGGUGUCGACCGACCAUUCUUAUCCUUUGGCUCCGUGGGCCACAACUCGAGCUUUGAGAGCGACCCGAGCUGGGCGAACUUCUUUGAUGCCAUGGAGACUAACCACUCGCGGGUGUGGAACAAGGAGCUCAGCGUGCUUGAUUCGAUUCAUGGAGCUUACUAUGAUUUCUCCAUUAUUGGAGAUGUGACUGGGCUGAGAGAGAAGUCGGUCAGCUUCUUUGGGAAGAUCACGGGAGAGAGAAUGGACAAGAUAUUGAGGGAAUAUCUGAGCGACUUCAUACAGUUUACUCUGCUAGGUUGUAGUGAGGGCCUUCUCUCAGGACCGAGCCCUGAGUUUGAAGAUGUUCUUUUCAUUCGAUAG